UUUCCGUGCGGUGCACGGAAGUGUAAGACAGCUUUAGGUGGCGUGCGCCGCUAUCAGGAUACAAGGGAUAAGUCUUCGACGACUAAUCUGAAGCACCAUGCCAUUGGAUGCUUUGGCGAGGAUGCUGUCAACAAUGCCAUGAAGGGUAAGGAUGUCAGCACUACCUAUAGUGGCUCCGUCUAUGCAGCAUUUGCACGCCAAGGCCAACAGCCCGUUCAUUACCCUCAUCGGACACAUACAAACCCGGAAGUUUGUGCUCGACGGGUGAAACAGAUCACUGAAAGCAAUCGCCUGGUUAAUAUAGUCAAUGACCGUGAACUCCGCGAGCUUCUUUGUGCAGGUCGUCCGAUUAUUUUAUUGUCCGAGUCAUUAAUACACUCUUCUUGCUAA